CACCAUCCCGUUCCAUCUUCUUUGAAUCUACCGCUAUCAUGAGCAGCUACGUCUACUCAACUGAUCCCAAUCCCUUCCAUCAAAUCCUCGUCAUCUCCCAGAAGACAAUCAAUGACUCCUUCAAGAAUAUGUGGGAGCUUGCCCAGUUGGAUGAUGAGGACUCUCCGUUGAAGCAUUUCAAGGAGAGAUUCCGAUCUGGAGACUAUCUUGAAACAGACAUCGGAGUUCCUUCGGUCCAGCUGCAGGUCACCACCAAGGACCCGAUGCUAUACUUCAUGCUUCGCAUGACAAGCGGCAAGCUGUGGCUUUAUCUGACCAAUGAUCCAGAUGAUGAUAGCCAUAUUGAAUGGUCUGUCAAUGACUGGGUUUUUGCCUUUUCGGUCACGAUUUCGAAGAAGGAAAUCACGAAAGAUGGCCCCGAGUACCAACAGUUCAAAGAGAGAGCUGGGCUACCGGAAUCCAACUUCUCUCUUGCCCAGCUUUUUAUCGAUGCUUCAUCCACCACGAAGUGGGAUGAGAAUCUGAGCAGCUUCGGCGACAGAGAGCAGGACUUUAAGAAUCUGAGCCCCGAUGCCCACGCCACUUUUGACACAUUCAUUCAGAAGUGGUUGAACCUAAUGAACGAGAAAAAAUGCAACAUCUUGGGCUAUUCUGCGUUGCGAGACACCGAUAGUGAUUGUAAAUCCAACUCGUACGAUCAGGAUCAGAACAACCAGGACACGAAUGCUUUGUGCUACCUGAUGAUGUCCAAUUUCGAGUCACCCUCGAGCAAAACACUCUCGUACACCGGGCAAUUUAUCGAUAGCUCCCAUGACGCCACCUUUGUCAUGAAUCGCUCUCUCUUCUGGCCGUGGAUGUUCUCCGUUCUCAGGGAUGUGGUCGUUGGUAUGAUCCCUGUCCCUGACGAGCCUACUCUUUACUGGGAUAAUACGGACCCGGACCACCCUUACAUGGGAGGCAUGGGUUACCAUUUCGGCGAUUGGAAUGCGUCCAGCAGCUACUACAACUUCACCCCUUCUGGACCUGGAAGGUGGUCAUGGGACGGUCGACCACAGUACUCAAGUAAAAGGUGCCAGAACCCCAACCGCGGCAAUGAUUCAGAAACAAUCCAGCAGUGGUCAAACACCCCGGAUACUUUCGACCAAGGCAAGUUCCACGGCGAGAUCGCAAGUCCUAUCGUGAAGUGUAUCUAA